UAGUUCACACUCCCACAAAUAUAGACGUAUAUAAAGAGGAAUCAGUGGGUAUUAUCUAAGGAGCAGUUAACCAAAGGAACUUCUUGGUCUAAUUAAGGAUUCUUCUGCUUUCAAGAGUGAAAAUGGUGGAUUAUAAAGUGACCGUAUCCACUGACCAUCUCAACAUUAUCGGUACUUUAAACAGGGUUAACAUUAAGCUGGUGGGCACAGAUGGGCAGAGCGAUUGCAAGGGGAUCAUCAUCUUCAAAAUGCCUUUAACCUUCACCAGCGGACCAGUGUCUAGUUUCACCGUGUCCUGCCCUGACUCUAUUGGAAAGCUGCUCUUUAUAGAGCUAGACAAACCGGAUCUCCUAGUGUAUCUUAAAGAUAGUUGGUUCCCGGCCAAGGUGGAAGUAAAAUCCCCCGAAGGAGACACCUACAUGUUUCCCAUCUACCGCUGGAUCACUGACAACAAGGUGCACCGCUUCAGAGAGGCAACAGCUUUGAGAAUCUGUGAAGACAACGAUGAACUUUGCAAGAACAUGCGAGAGGAGGAGCUGAAACAGCAAGAGGAAGACUACCGCUGGCAUGUGUAUGAAGAGGGAAUGCCCCACUGCAUGAAGGCAAAAGACAUUUCAUCUCUGCCUUCUGAGGAACGCUUCUCCUUCAUAAAGAACAUGGAGUUGUUAUUCACUCAAGUAUUAGGGCAAAUUCAGCUCAGAUUUGAGGGACUGGCUGGUUCCAAAGAGAACUGGAGUAAAAUUGAUGACAUCAAACAGGUGAUGCCCAGCAGAUGGACUGAAAUAUCAGACUAUGUCGAGCAACAUUGGAGGGAGGACGCUUUUUUCGGCUACCAGUAUCUAAAUGGCAUCAACCCCAUGAUGAUCCGACGUUGUUCAGCUCUGCCCGAAAACUUUCCUGUCACUGACAACAUGGUCUUCCCCGGUGGUCAGUGUACCUUGGAAGAUGAAAUGAUGCAUGGCAACAUAUUCCUGUGUGACUACAAGAUUUUGGAUGGACUGAAAGCAAACAUCAUCAACGAGAAACAGCAGUACUUGAUGGCUCCCCUCGUCCUGCUCCACAAGAAACCUGAAGACAAGCUGAUGCCAAUUGCUAUUCAGCUGAAGCAGACUCCAUCAGAAGACAACCCCAUCUUCUUCCCCACUGAUUCUGAGUACGACUGGUUGAUGGCCAAGAUAUUUGUGAGAAGUGCAGAUUUCAACGAACAUCAAAUGAAUUCUCACCUGCUGCGCACUCAUCUGCUGGCUGAAGUGUUUGCAGUGUCACUGCUGCGCAAUUUGCCCGCGGUGCAUCCACUGUACAAGCUCCUCGUACCUCACACUCGUGACACUUUGGGAAUCAACCUCUUAGCUCGAAAAAGUCUAAUAUCAGAGACUGGAGUUUUCACAAACUUUGCAGCUUCUGGUGGAGAGGAUAUGUCGACACUCCUGAAGAAAUCACUGUCCUCAGUAACCUACAGCUCCCUCUGCAUACCUGAAGACAUUGCUGAGCGUGGGCUGAAGGCUGUGCCGAACUUCUACUACAGGGAUGAUGGGCUCAAGCUCUGGGACAUCAUCCAUAGGUUUGUGAAGGGGAUGCUCAGCUUCUUCUACAAGGAUGAUGCUGAUAUCCAGAAAGACUCCGAACUGCAGAAAUGGGUUUCCGACAUUUUUGUGAAAGGAUUCCUUUCCCAAGACGGCACAGGAAUUCCACAGACCUUGACCACAGUGGAGGAGUUGGUCAAGUUUGUCACCAUGGUGAUCUUCACUUGCUCAGGACAGCACUCGGCUGUGAACAAUGGACAGUAUGACUAUGGUGGCUGGAUGCCAAACGCUCCCUCCACCCUGAAACUUCCUCCACCAACCACAAAGGGGACAACAAGCGAAGCCACAAUGCUGGAGACAUUGCCUGACCAGGGCACAACAGCUAAGGGAAUGGCCGCCAUUUGGCUUCUCAGCCAUCCGUCCUCUGACUAUGUCCCUCUUGGCCAGUACCUAGAGAACCAUUUCGGAGAGAAGACUCCCUGCCAGCUGAUAAGGGUUUUUCAAUUAGAGCUUGAAGUGUUAAGUGCAAACAUCAACCUCAGAAACGUGAAUCUGGAGGUCCCAUACACAUACAUGGAUCCAAAGGCAAUAGAAAAUAGUGUGGCCAUUUGAAUAUCCGAAGGUGUGACCUCCUCAGUUGUUGCCAAAUUCUGCUUCGUAUUAAUAAAUGCAGGAAAGAAC